GAAGAGGAUGUGGGGAUUAGAGUUGGAGAUAUAAAAGCAGGACUGGGACGGUGGAGUUCACAGACUCGAGGAGAACAACAGAAGCAGCUCUCAGCAGAGACCUUGUGGGACAUCUGAGCCAACAGAUAAUCAGCAGAAAUGAACGCCAACCCCCCAGCAGGAAGCGCCCUGGCCCCCGGCAGCAACGCGGGACCCACCACGCCCAAGAAGGGACCACCCAAGUUCAAACAGAGGCAGACUCGCACAUUCAAGAGCAAGGCCCCCAAGCCAGGCCAGAAGGGCUUUGGCGACGACAUCCCUGGCAUGGAGGGUCUCGGCACAGACAUCACCGUGGUGUGCCCAUGGGAGGCCUUCGGCGACAUGGAGCUCAGCGACUUGGCCAAAUACGGCAUCAUCUAAGCCUCCUGCCUUCCUUUGCCUGCAACUCCCCCGUCUCCCGUCUGCUCCUCUCCGUCCUGCCUUUAUCGUCGUCAGAGUUCGGAACGCCGUGAUAAGGCUGCCGGAUGAACCCUAACGCCCUCUCGUCUAUCUACCUCAUACCUUACUCCACUAAGUGGAGAUAUUGAUAUUUUUAUAUUAUUAUUAUUAUUAUUAUUAUUAUAAUACUGUAUACUGUAUACAUAUAUAUAUAUAUAUAUAUAUACUUGAAAUAAGAAGACGAGAAACAAUCUCCUCCUACCUUUUCCCUUGUCCAUCAUCCUAGCAGUGCUCUUACUCCCUCUCCCUCAUCCUCCUUUGUCCCUCCUUCUCUCCCUGAAUUCUCGCGGCAACGGAUGCAAGCCAAACGCUAGCUAAAUACUAGCCGUGUUGCUUCUAGCUGUCUGUUAAAAUGUAAAUAAUGCGUUCUCAGAGUUGAUCCGUUUUACCUCGACUUCCGUCUCACCUUUUCUACGCCCCCCCCUCCUCCCCACCCUUCUCCUGUUUUAUUUUGAAUUGUAUUUUCUACUCCUCGACACCAAGGCGAUUGUAAACAACGAGGGAGGCCAGGAGAGUGUUCAGCGUGCUGUGCAGUCGCACUUCACAAGAUCAUGGAGGAGGAAAUCCCUUUAAUCUCGUUCUCCAUCUCCCUCUCUUCCUGCUGCUAUCUGAACCCAGCUCCCUCCUCAGUGAACAUAAAGGCUCAUGCUGUACGUGUUUUGUGUUGUAAGCAGAAUGCUACAGAAAAUGUACUGUCAACUGAUAUGUACCGAUAGCAACAAUAAACAUGUGUCUAUUUUCAGUA